UCAACAGCCCUGGGCACCUGGACCCUGCUCCUGGCUAGCCCCCUUCAUGCAGGCCCCGCCAACUGGGGGCCCAAGGCUCCCAGCUGAUGACGAGCCCACCCAGCCUCUCCCCAGCAGCCCCUGGAUGAGCUAUAAUUGCAACGCUCUAUCCUGUCACUGCCAUUCUCUUGCUGCGGCAUCUGGGCUCUGGCAGCAGCUGCGGGUCGGCCUUCUGGCUCUCGGGAUGAACUGGCCACACAGCCUGCUGCUCCUUCUCACUGUGCCCAUCUUCCUGGGGCUUGGCCAGCCCAGGAGCCCUAAAGGUAAGAAGAAGGGGCACAGACGGCCGGGGGCGGUGCCGCUGGACCUGGUGUUGCGGGCCAAGCCCUAUGCCCGCAUGGAAGAGUACGAGAGGAACCUCGGGGAGAUGGUGGCCCAGCUGCGGAACAGUUCUGAGCCAGCCCAGCGGAAGUGCAAGGUCAACCUGCAACUGUGGCUGUCCAACAAGAGGAGCCUGUCGCCCUGGGGCUACAGUAUCAACCACGACCCCAGCCGGAUUCCUGCAGACCUGCCAGAGGCGCAGUGCCUAUGCCUGGGCUGCGUGAACCCCUUCACCAUGCAGGAGGACCGCAGCAUGGUGAGCGUGCCUGUGUUCAGCCAGGUGCCUGUGCGCCGCCGCCUCUGCCCACUGCCACCUCGCUCGGGACCCUGCCGGCAGCGCACAGUCAUGGAGACCAUUGCCGUGGGCUGUACCUGCAUAUUCUGAAAGCCAGUCCCUGGGCUGCCCCCCAAGAUCCCCAUGCCAAAGCCAAUGCCAAGUAAAAGCUACUUUGUGUAAGGCAAAAA